GCCCGCGCGGAAGAGCCGCGGCUGGGUGGGAGCCCCGAGCCGGAGGGCGCGGACGGUGAGGCCACCGCCAUGCCGUCGUCGCCGCUGCGGGUGGCGGUGGUCUGCUCGAGCAACCAGAACCGCAGCAUGGAGGCGCACAACAUCCUCAGCAAACGGGGAUUCAGUGUGCGGUCCUUCGGCACAGGGACUCACGUGAAGCUUCCAGGGCCUGCGCCCGACAAGCCCAAUGUCUAUGAUUUCAAAACCACAUAUGACCAGAUGUACAAUGACCUCCUUAGGAAGGACAAGGAACUCUACACGCAGAACGGCAUUUUGCACAUGCUGGACAGAAAUAAGCGAAUCAAGCCCCGGCCAGAGAGGUUCCAGAACUGCAAAGACCUGUUUGACCUGAUCCUCACUUGUGAAGAGAGAGUGUACGACCAGGUGGUGGAAGAUCUGAAUUCCAGGGAGCAGGAGACCUGCCAGCCGGUGCACGUGAUCAACGUGGACAUCCAGGACAACCACGAGGAGGCCACCCUGGGGGCCUUCCUCAUCUGUGAGCUCUGCCAGUGCAUCCAGCACACAGAGGACAUGGAGAAUGAGAUCGACGAGCUGCUGCAGGAGUUUGAGGAGAAGAGCGGCCGGACCUUCCUGCACACUGUCUGCUUCUACUGAGCCUGCGGCCGGCCUGCGCCUGAAGCCUUCUUGCGCUCCCUGUUGUUCAUACUGGUUCCUCCCAACCCUUUUGACUGAGGCUGCUGCUGAGGGCCAGCGCCCACCCGAGCUGUAGUGCGGCUCCACCUCUGUCCUGUUUGGUGCCCCACCCUUGUUACGAGUGUGAUAGUAAAGUUUGU